AUGAAAUUCUUCAUUGUUUUUGCUACCCUCUUUGCUUUGGCUUUGGCCGCACCGGCUGAAGUGGAAAUUAUAAAAAACGAAUCUGACGUGGGUCCUGAAUCCUUCAACUAUGCUUUCGAAACAAGCGAUGGAGUUAAAGCUGCAGCAGAAGGACAAUUGAAUAAUAUUGGUUCAGAUAAUGAAUCCUUGGCUGUCAAAGGCUCUUACACCUAUGUUGGUGAUGAUGGUCAAACCUACUCUGUGCAAUAUACCGCCGAUGAAAAUGGUUUCCAACCACAGGGUGCCCAUUUGCCUGUUGCCUAA